AUGGCCUCAUCAGUUUCGAACACCGAACAAACAUCAACGAUCAAAAACAAAGUUGAAGAAGUAUCGGCUGCAGAGAGUAGUGUUAUUGCUUCAGGCCGACCAAGCUCUGAGGCAGCUAGCCAAGCUCAAGAGGGUAUAUCAACAAAAUCUGUUGUUCCGAAGCGAUGUGCUCGACAGUAUAAAGCACCACGAUGGAAAAGCUACCAUCUACCUGCAGUCAAAUAUGAACUUCUUAUCUAUGCCCAGUUAUUUAUGGCUGCCAUCGCAAUGAUAGCAAUGAAAGAUAUAGCAAUGUUGCCUUGGAAUAAAGUUGCCAAGUUAAGGGAGGCCGUGAAUCGUCUCAAUUCCCUAGAUCUCACAGACGAAGAAGUUGAUUUGAUCGUUGAUGAAUUUCUGAAACAAGACACCGACAAACGUAAAUGUGGCUUGUUGAAUCUAUCAAAUGCAAAAACUUCUCAGGUUUACUUCUAUUCUCUGCAUCUUUCCUGA